AUGCUUGAGAAUAACAAUAAUGUUGAGGAUUUGGAUGUGAACCAGACAAACAAAGAUGGAAGCUCUGGGCUAUUCCUGGCAGCUCGUGGUGGCCACAUCAUGGUUGUUCAGAAGCUCCUAGACUUGGGAGCCAAUAUAGACGCACCGGGGUUUCAUGCAGCUUCUGAUCCAUCAUGGCACCUCUUCCUCUGUGCCCAGAAGGGGGGAAUAUUACAGUCCCUGCAGGCGGCUUUGGCGAGUGAUGACAAUGCAGUUGCAGAACUCCUGCUUGAUGCUGGGGUCAAGCUUACUACACAGCAGCAAUUCGAUGAUGCCAUACAGACCGCAGCUUUCAAAGGGAAUAUUCCAAAUUUCCAGCGGCUUAUGGCAGGGGAUGUUGGAGACUUUGCUCCAGACAUCAGGCCUGAUCCCCUUCAAAUAGCCCUCGCGGGAGGCAAGAUGAGGAGAGCAAAGCUGCUAUUGCAAAGCUGCACCGACACAAACGAGGAAAAAGGUUUCUUUAGCAAUGCGCUCGCGGCUGCUAUUGCAAGUGAGAAGCUGUCAAUAGUACAGCUAGUUCUUGAUGCUGGAGCUAAUAUCAAGCUUCGAGGACGAUACGGCUUUUCUCUUCGCGCAGCUGUCAUAAUCAACAAUUUUGAAAUCACUAAAUGUCUGCUUGAGAAGGGUACAGAUCCAAACGAAGAAGAUCAUGAGCUGGGAGAUGCCCUUCAGGCUGCUGCAAGCCGCGGCAACAUAGAGAGAUAA